AUAGUGAUGAAACAAAUCUAUCAGCUUUUAUAGUUGUAGAUUGUACUAUUCAUCCAGCUAAUGAUCUGCUUGCAAAAUGGCAUCUUAGUAGCAUUUUUAAUAAUAGAUUUGAAUUACCUGAAUUUGUGAAUAUAUUGACUAAUUUAGGUUAG